AAGAUAACUCUUCGUACGCAGGCGAUAUUCAUUGUGUUUCAAAAUGUAAUUACACUCUACUCAUCAAAUCAGGCGAAUAAGAUCAUUGUCCAUUCUUACUUGGCGUUUAAUGGAUGAGAAAAACGCUAUGAUGAAACUUCUUGACGGCACUAAUGAGACCAUGGCAUAAGUUCAGAAUACGAGUUCAGAGUGGUCAGUCAAUAUCGCUGACCCAAGAUUAAACAGAAACACAACUUCUCUGAGACGCCAUUCGACGAUAUCAAUUGCCCAGGCAGGCCACCUAAUUCCAGACUUCGCAUCCGAACAUUCAGCCUCCUUAUUUGCAAAGUAUCCCGCUAAUUGUUGUUGAAACGAAAACGUCUUGCUCCGAUUUUCGCCAACAAGAUGGAGUUGCGUACUCUCCCCCAAUAUGAAGCAAUGGCAAGGAGAAAACUAAGUGAACCAUUCUUCAGGUAUUACUCGCUAUCUUCAGGAGAAGGUCUGACAAAACAGGACAGUGAAGACGCUUUCAAAAGUUAUAGAUUUCGGCCACGCCUUCUCGAGGAUGUGUCUUGCAUUCGACUAUCAACUGAGGUCUUAGGUCAAUCUAUUAGUAUGCCUAUAUGUAUAUCGCCGACUGGAGCUCAUCGCCUAGCUAAUAUCGAUGCGGAAAAGGCCACAGCACAGGGAGCGCUCGAGGCAGAAACCCUCAUGAUCCAGAGCUGCUUUUCUCACGAAAGAUUCUCACAAGUUGCACGUGCUGCUCCGGGCGGGCUCCGCUGGUGUCAAGUGUACAUUUUUAAAGAUCGCCCAGUGACGCUGCAUCUUAUCAGGGAGGCUGAGAGGGCGGGCUAUAGAGCCGUGGUUCUUACAAUGGAUUCUCCGUUAACUGGAUUUAAAGCUAGCGAGGUUGGCCGUGAUUACAUGUCCUUCCGACAUGAUGAUUAUCGAUAUGUUAAUAUGGAGAUGGACUCAUCCAAGUCCCAGGCUGCAUCGAAGAGAGCUGGAGAUCCAACACUCUUUGCUCAUUUCGGAUUAGACAUGGACAGUACCGUCACGUGGGAUGAUGUCAGGUGGCUAAAAACUGUGACGUCACUGCCUAUCGUCUGCAAAGGCAUUCUUACAGGUGAGGCAGCUCGAAAGGCGGCUAAUGUUGGGGCAGAUGCCAUCCUCGUAUCGGCUCAUGGUGGAAGGCAACUGGAUGGGGUACCUGCUCCUAUCGAUGCUUUGGCUGAGGUAGUAGACGCGGUUCGAGGUUGUAAAAUAGAAGUAUAUAUGGACGGAGGAGUUCGAAGGGGAACGGAUGUUCUUAAGGCUCUCGCAAGGGGGGCAAAAGCAGUAUUUAUUGGACGACCUGUUCUAUGGGGAUUGGCGUGUGAAGGCGCCAGUGGUGUGAGCAAUGUGUUAAAAAUCUUGCGACAAGAACUUCGAUAUGCGAUGGGACUUUGUGGUUGUUCCGAUGUCAAUGAUAUCCCCGAAGACGUCGUUGUGCACGAAUCGUUUUAUCAUCAGCCGAGACCAAAACUAUGACGUCAACUUUCGGCAGCAGAAAGGGAUUGAGUGCUUCAUAUCGCCCGUGUUCGCGUGUGAGAUACAGGUCGAUUUGGUAUAUUUUCUGGAGCUGCCAGAUCAUAGCCAAAUCUUCCAUAAACACAGGUCCGUGAAGUUAGCUACUUAUUCCUUUUUCCUGAUUCCUUAUUCAAACCACUUUCUCCUUAUUCAGAAUGACUGUCUCCUUAUUCAAAAUGCUCUUCUCCUUUUUCAAAAUACACUUUUCCUUACCCUGGUUCGAAAGCUACCUGUAUAAUCGGAAGAUGUGUACUUAAUAGAUUCUGCUAUAUCAAAUAUAUCUCUUAUAUAAAUUAUGAAAUUCCUCAGGGAUCUAUACUUGGACCAAUUUUAUUUACAAUUUAUAUAAACAACGGCCAUUUGCAUCUAUAUGCAGACGAUGCAGCGUUAUAUUAUUCUCAUAAAAAUAUUGAUAUUAUUGAAAAGAAUAUUAAUAUUGAAUUACGUAAAAUUCACAAUUGGUUAUGUUGUAACAAAUUAAGUCUAAAUGUUGACAAAACCAUUUGUAUGUUAUUUGGGACUGGGGCAAUGCUGUCUAAAUGUAGCACUUUUAAUGUAUCCAUAUCUGGUAGACGUAUCAAUCAACGAAAUAAUGUUAAAUAUCCGGGAAUUUAUGUUGAUUCAAAACUAAAAUGGGAUAAACAUCUGUACAUAUUGACGAAAUGUGCGCAAAAAUUAGUAAGGUAGUAAGCUUUCUGGCCCGUCUUAGACAUUUAAUAUCAGAAUCCAAUCUGAAGAUGAUUUACAAUUCUGUUAUUCUCCCACUUUUUGACUAUGCUCACAUUGUCUUAUGAUUCGGCAAGCAAAAAAUAUACAGACCGUUUGCAAAAAUUACAAAACAGGGCCGGACGUCUCAUUUUAAAGAUAAAUCCAUUCAAUCACGUUUCAAACAAUGAUGUUCACGCAGAAUUAGGAUGGCAAUCUCUCCAAUCUAGGCGAAAAAUACAUUUGAAUAUAAUGCUUUACAAAUCCCUUCAUAACUUAGCUCCAGGAUAUUGAGAAAAGUCUUUCCAAUAUUGUAAUUAUUCAUAUUCACUUCAAUCAAAAGGAAAUAUCAAAAUUUCCAAACCCAAGAGUGAAUGCUGCCGAAGAACACUUAUAUACAGAGGAUCGCGAGAAUAUAAUGACCUUCCUUAUACAAUUAAAUCAUCAAAUAGCCUAUAUAUUUUGUUAUAAAAAUCUUUAUCAGAUAAGUCAAUCUCGCCCUGAUCUGUUAAGAAUAGUGCGACAAGGCGGGUAGGGUGCAGGGUUGGGUGGAGGGCAGAUUUUUUUCUUUUCCCAUUCUUGUUUUUCAUUAUUUUUUGUUUAUGUCAAAUAUCUUGCUUGGAUUUAUAAUCAUUAUUUUCUUUUUGUCAUGUACAGUAUCUUUUUUUAUGAAUGCUUUGGACCCCAUGGAAGAACAACGUUGUUGUAAUAACAAAGCUGAGUAGGUUUAUCCAGCCAUUUCACUAUACCUUUGAUGUUUGUUAUUAUGUACAUACAUUUACCUUGUAUUGUUUUUUAUAAUGUUGUGAUAUGGAAAAUAAAUACCAAUUCCAAUGUCCAAAUGAAACCUGUAAAUUUGCAAUUAUGUUAUUGACACAAGAUGAAUACAGGACAGAGUCACAAAAUGAACCCCUUAGCUCGCCGUUAAUUAUAGUGGAAAUUGAAGUCUUAGACAACAGACAAGCAGACUGUCGGCAAGAUUAUAGAUCGUAUGGGAAAUUUUACAUAUUACAUGAAAAAACAUGUUUGGGAUUGUAGUCACAGAUAAUUCAUUGUGGCAUUACAUUUACAAGUAUCGUAUCGUCAUUCGUGUAAUAAAUGAAUUAACACUCGA